GGGUAUAAUAGGAAAAAUAACAUUAAUUAUUUAUUGGUAUUGUAAAAUGAACUAUAUUAGCGAUGGUUAGUUGGUCCAGUGAUGAUUGACGCUAAACUUGGUAGGGAGAACCACGGGUCGAUCCCCACAACUUUGAUCGGGAGGGGGCUGAACCCACUUGAUGUCAGAACUGACCCCCGAAUCAGACUAUACCGGUGGUGAUAAGUCAAAAAAAAAACUUAUAUUAUGUGUUAUGGAAAACACAAAAGAAUACAUAUGUAGAGCUAUGGUGACUGUGGUUGAUCAUCUUGGAAAUGUUUCUUCUAAUCUUGAAGGACUUAUUUCUCACACAAAUUCAUUUUCUGAUGCUGAGAUAAAAAUUCAAUGCCUCAAACAAAGACUUUUCUCAUGUGAGCAAUAUGCUGAUAAACUUUCAAUCUCAAAUAUGCAAUGGAGGGAGAAAUUGCCAAGAUUUCAUACAAGAUAUUUAUCAUCAUCUCCUAUCCUUGAAAAAUCACAAGAGAAUUUGAAGCCAGCAACUGCUACAAAUAACAAGCACAACAAUUUGGCUUUUGUGAUGCCUGUUCGCGACGGUUUGAAAGUGUUAGCGAAAGUAUCAAAUCCUACAUUUCAUUUCCAAGCUACUCCAAAGGUCGGGCCGCGUCAUAGAAGAUCGUUGCACGGAAGCGAUAUCUUAUGGCUCAUUAGGCGCACGAAACAUACGCAUUGAGAAAAUCGAGUUUAAUUGCUUAUCAUUUUCAUGUUGAAGUCUAAUGUUAAUUGUAUGAUUCGUGAAUCAAAUACGAUUAAUAAAAUAUCGGUAUGUUGAAGCACUUUGAAAGUUCGAAGUCUGAUUGCAACAAUUUUUGACCAGACGUUACUAAUC